UCAUUACAUUUUUGAUAGUGGGGGAUUUCUGGCGCUAUGAAACAGUUGGGGAAUUAAAUUCAUUUCUGGUCAUUAUUAAAAAAAAUCUUGUUCAUAUCUCUAGAUUGCUAUUUUAACAGAUCUUGUUAGAUCAAUAUCAGAUACUUGCACUGAGAGUGGAUGUAACUAACGGCUGUGCACAUAUCUCACACAGAAAGACUUACAAAGAAAUCAUUCAGUAAGGGGCAUGACAGUAGCACAGGGUGCAGACAUGAAUCAGCUGUCUGCAUUGUGACCAUCAGCUGACAGAGCGGCAGACAAACUUUCUCACCCUUAGGGUGCAAUAAGAAGAGAAGGGGGGCGAGAGAGAUUGAGAAUGGAUGCUUUGGUUGAGAGUUACGUAGUCUAGGGCGGUGUGAGAUGCAGUAGAAAUACAUAUAUAUCUGUUUAUUACUUUAUCACUUAUGUGACUGUGUUUCAUUUUUUUAAUUUUAAAUAAAAAGUGUCAUGUGUGUCAUAAAUAAUACACUCUGUGUUAUUCCAGGUAUCUGUGAUUGUGUGUUACACAUAGCUAUCCACUACAAUUCAUGAUAAAACAUCUCUUUACACACUGCUACACAAUUGCAUCUGCUCACACACUUACUAUUCAUUGUUACACGCGUCACUGUUCCUUGGCACACAUACAGCUGAAUCACAGAGUUCUCUCAGUCUUAGCUCACCCGCAUAUUUGUUACAUUAUACUGUGAUGCGCAGCUUUUUGUGAUAGCUGAUUGUUUCACAUUCAGACACAGUUAUCUGUCACUAUACACUGGAACAUACUGUAGCACAUAGCAAUCUGUCACCAUUUACUCAUACGCAAACAUAGACACCCACUACUCAUUAUGAUAAAGACAUGCAAUUAUCUAUCCCACACAUUAUAAUAUACACAGCCAUCUGCUAGAUCUUACUGAAGCAAAAAUACAAUAUGUGCUUUUUUUUUUUACAGGGCAAGAGUUUAAGUAUUUCAUUAACAUAUAGUCAUGGGGAGAAAGUUGGACCUAUCUAAACUGAGCGACGAUGAGGCCAAGCACGUUUGGGAGGUGAUCCAGAGAGAUUUCAGUCUGAGGAAGAAGGAGGAAGAAAGACUCGAGGACCUGAAGCACAAGGUGGAAAAAGAGAGCAGCAAGAGAGAGCUUUUGUCCAGCCAGCGGCACCUAAAUCAGUCGCACUGCAUUAACUGCCUGCAGCCCUUCCAGUUCCUGCUCAACAGCAAACGGCCCUGCUUAGACUGCCAGUUCCAUGUGUGUAAGAACUGCAGCCGCUACAACAAGAAGGAGCAGGGCUGGGUGUGUGACACAUGCAGGGUGACAAGGAUGGUUAAACUUGGCUCUGUGAACUGGUAUCAUGAACAUGUUCAAUCUCGUUUCAAACGAUUUGGCAGUGACAAGGUGAUGCGCUGUCUGUACCCGAGACUGCAUUCUGAUCCACGAGGAGGAGCUGGCUUGUCAGGUCUUCACGACAAAGUAUACAGCUUACCUGAUAUCAAUAGGGAAUAUAUGAGACAGACCAGGGCUGGAGUGUUCCAGGAUGGAGAUGAUACAGAGGACCUUGUAGACAGCACUGAGGUGCAACGGUGCAGCAUGAUGCGUAAGACCAAGCGCCUGCUCUCUGUUCACCCCUUUGAUUUUGAAAUGGAUUCUGAGUACUCAGCUCAGUCCCGCAGACAAUCAACUCUAGAUCAGGAUAUCUUUCAGUCUUUCUCUGAGGAAACUGGCACUGGGAAAGACAAACCACAGAAGGAGUCCAUGAUAGCUGAGGCAGAUCUGGCUUCCAUGUUCCAUUACUUGCUUCAAGAGCAGGGACAUAAUUUGGCUCCACCAGACCAAGAGUUUAAUACUGAAGUCCGUUUCUCCCUCAACUCUCGCCGUCGGAGCUUAGAAAGUAACAGAAGGCCAUACCUUCCCUUCCUAACCGAAUUCCAAGAAAAUAUCCCAUUCCCUGAACCCCCACUAACUCGCACCCGCUGUCUCCCCAAAGGCAGUCCCUCUCAAGGACUCAAGGGGUCGCAUUACUCUGGGGACAUGGACACCUCGGAGGAAGAGGGGGGAGCAGUUCCUAAACCUCACCCCAGACGCAGGAGUCGUGCAUCUUCCCAGGAAAACGUGCACUCAGGUGGUCAGAUCUCUGAACUCAACAAGCGUAUGGUCGCUAUUGAACGUAUGUUAAAUCGCCUAGAGGAGAGAAUAACAUUGCACUCAGAUGAGUCAACAGGUGCUGCAGUGCACACAGAUGCUGAUCUGGAGGAAGAGACCCUGAAGAGAAAAAUUGGAGAGCUUGCAAGCAAUCUCAGUGACAAAGGGGGUUCGUCAGAUGAAGAGAAGAGUCCAAAAAUCAAAGUUAUGACAAUGACAUCCAGUGAGGGGCAUCAAGGUCAGGAACAGGUCUAUCUGGGUACACAGAAGCCACAUGGCCUAGUGAGACUGCUGGAUACAGAAGAGCGGGCACUACAGAGUACAACCACUGACUCUGAGCUGUCAGAACUGGAGGUCAGCGUGGCAUCAGCUAUGGCACAAGUUCAGCAAACUGAGAGUGAGGUUUCAGAUAUUGAAUCCCGUAUAGCAGCUCUCAGUGCUGCAGGUAUGACUGUCACCCCUUCAGAAAGGGCCAAGAGGAAAUCUAGCUCUCGGGUUUUUGCUACAGCAAUUUCACGCAGCACAGAACCAUUCCAGCCAGAAGCCUCCAAUCUACAGAGAUUAACUUCAACUCCCAGUGAAGAAAAGAUGCUGGCAUUGCAAGAAGCUCUGCAAAAGAAGUUUAACAUUGACCCAGACAUGUUAGAUGGGUCAUUUGAGAGGAACGCACUUUACCGUGGAUCUCUGACUCAGCGUAACCCCAAUGGGAAGAACAGGAAAGCAGAUCGCAUUUUUGCUAAACCUGUCCUUAUGCAGAGAUGAAGCCCCAGAUGACCAGCUGUGCAGCACUGUGAUAAGCCUACAGACCUUUUAUCCUGCAUUUUCUAUACACGCCCCAUAAUGCUUGCAUAUCCAGAGAGAUCUCUGCUAGGGAUGAGAAGACAAGGAACUGUGUUGAGAAAGGAAGUAAAAAGUGGGGUUAAAGAAAUUGUGUAAACCGAAGGAAAAAAACAUUUUUGGGGGUGUGGCUAUAUCACCUUCUUUAUAUAUACUUUACUUGUGAUUAAUCUUCCUGUUUCCUUUUAAAACGUUGUACCUGCCAAGAAAGUUCAGUUUCACUGCUAUAUUUUUUUUUUUGUCAAAAUGUUACAUGCCAAAUCCUUUCUUUUAUUACUGAAGUUACAUAUUGUAGCAAUUUUAUAUUUUCUAUUACUGGACUAUAAUCUGUACCCAUUAUAAAAAUAUAAAUAUCCUUUACAUAUACUCCUCUUGCACAAAUAACAUGUAUAUGUUCUUGUAUAGAUCUAUUAAUAACAUUUAUAUGCAACAUAAAGGGACAUGAAAUCCAAACAUGUCUUUCAUUAUUCAGACAGAGCAUAGCAUUCUAAACAACUUUCCAAUUUACUUCUAUUAUGAAAUUUGCUUCAUUCUCUUGGUAUUCGUUGUUGAAGGAGCAGCAAUGCACUACUGGGACUUAGCUGAAGACAUCAUUGAGUCAAUGACAAUAAUCAUAUACGUGCAGCCACCAGUUAGGAGCUAGCUCCCUUACCUAGCUCCCCUACCUAGGUAUGCUUUUUAAUGAAGGAUACAGAGAGCAAAACACAUUAGUUAAUAGGAAAGUUGUUUCAAAUUGUAUGCCUCAUCUGAAUUAUAAAAAUGUAAUUUGUCUGUCCUUUUUAUGUUCUGUGUACCUAAUAUAAAUAUACCAAUAAUGCAUAUAUAUUGUUGUAAAAGGUGUCUAUAGGGGGUUGUAUCAUUUAAAAGGCAGCAAUUCAAUAUGUUACAAAUAUUUUUCGCACAUUCAUAAUUACAGUACAUAUGAUCAUUUUUAAAUAAUGGGUUAUUUAGUAUUUCAGUUAUUUUAUGCAGAACUGAUGUAUGGCUGAUAAAAUAUUUUGGAAAUAAAGCAUGUAGCUAAAAUA